AUGAACGCGCUUUUACCCAAACGAAGGGUAAUUGUGAUCAUUGUUUUAGUGACGUUUACCCUCUCAUUUAUCCACUGCCUUACAAUCAACAAAAUUAAAGAUGAAAAUAUACAUGCCAAAUCAAAGGUGCAGUUGACAUCAUUAAACAUCAAUGCUUUUUUGAACGACGUAAUCAGAAUAUCAGCACCGGUCAUUAAUGAAGAAGCGUUGUACUACCUUCACAAACCGAACGGAGACGCUAUGAAACUAGACAUCAAAUCUCCAAAAUUACGAGACAUGAAAUUGGAAAGAGAUGUCCAUCCGAUUAUAGUACGUCAUGUCAAUGUUAUAAAGCCUAUAAUCACUCAGAAUGAUAACUACGAUGUUUUUGCGGUGUACUCUAAAGUGCCGCCAACGGAUUUGUUCGGUAAGAAGGCAGCUGAGUUGGAAUCUAAUGAGUUCAUGAUUGGUCCCUUGUGUGCUGAGGAUCAUGGGAACUGGGUCCUUAGUGUGUAUACUAAAGAUUUGAAUGGGGAGUGGGUUGAGAUGUUCCAAGUUCUCAGCAUUACAAUCACAGAAUACGUGCCACUAAUUCCCGCCAAAUCUUACUUAAAUAUAGGUGACACUUUAAACCUAAGUAUAGCAUACCCAAUACCAUCUUUAAAAACUUGCGAGCUAGUCGUACCUCGGUCCACAUUUGACCGAUUUUAUAACAGAAAUAAUUUAGAAUUAAAUAAUUGUGGUUUUUCUGUGCCUAACCUAACAACUUACGAUGCUGGUACUUGGAGAAUUUUUGCCGUUGGCAACAUUGUGUACGAAGGGGAAGCUAGGUUGGAGAUCAAUAAAGAGAAUGUUACAUUCACGUAG